UUUUGUGUAACAGGCACAUCGAUGAUAAAGAUAUGUGUGAAGAAUUCUUUAAGAAAAUGACAAGCAAAGUGCAUGAAGAAAGUAAUGAGCCAAAAGUUGAACCUGAAGUGGGAAAAUUAAGGGAGGAUUCUUUGGUUGAACUCAAAUCUAAUGCAGAUUUUAUGAAUACAUUAGGGAAUGUCUUACUUCAAUAUGACAAAGUUCCAGAAGCAACAAAACUACUUGAAAAAUGUAAAGAGGAAUCUCCCAAAGGUGAAGAGAAAAUAAUGACAUUAAAACUCCUGGAUGAUGCAUAUGAACAAGGUGGUGAAAAGACAAAGCAAAGAGAACUUAAUGAGGAGCACCCAGAAAUAAAACUGGUUCAGAAAUUCACCACUCAGCUUCAAGAAUUACAAGAAUUGCAGAACAAAGCAGAAGAACAGAUUGACAAGAAGGAGAAGGAGAAAAUGCAAGUUGAAGCUGACCUCUUAAAAGCACAACAAAAGAUUGGUGAAUUGGAAAUUAUGAUAAGAGAUCAAGCUGCCAAUAUUGAAAAGCAAGCUGACAACAUUGAAAAACUGAAGAAAGCAUCUGAAGAGGUCAGUCCAGCACAUUUGGACGCCAUAACAAGAUAUGUGAGGACCUUGAGCAGACAAUACAGUGAGAAAUAGAACACUAGAGGAUGGACUAUAACAUAAAUAAAUAGAUAUGUGAGGACCUUGAGCAGACAAUACAGUGAGAAAUAGAACACUAGAGGAUGGACUAUAACACAAGUAUAUAGGGAGAUAAAACCAUGUAUUAUUGUGCAAAACUUGAAUAACUGAGUUGAAACAAACAUUUGUUUGGAAACAGUAUUUCAGAGAAUCAUUGACCGCGUGUGAAAUCUAAAUAAGAACCUG